GCUGGGGGAAGGGAGUGUUUUCCAUGCAGGAUGAGCUUGGGAAACACAUCCCAGGAGCAAAGGCUGGCCCUGGGGCUAAGCAGGAUGGUAUAAAACCCACUCUGAGCACAGGAUCCCUCAUCCACCUCUCCUGCCUUCUCCUCCUCGGUGACACAGGAGCUGCUCCAGCCCCAGCCAUGUCCUGCUACGACCUGUGCCGGCCCUGCGGCCCCACCCCGCUGGCCAACAGCUGCAACGAGCCCUGUGUGCGGCAGUGCCAGGACUCGCGGGUCAUCAUCGAGCCGUCCCCCGUGGUGGUCACCCUGCCCGGGCCCAUCCUCAGCUCCUUCCCCCAGAACACCGCCGUGGGAUCUUCCACCUCCGCCGCCGUGGGCAGCAUCCUCAGCGAGUCCGGGGUCCCCAUCAACUCGGGGGGCUUUGGGCUCUCGGGGAUCUCUGGCCUCGGUGGUCGCUACUGCGGCCGCAGGUGCCUGCCCUGCUAGAGCGGGGCCGCGCGUCCAGCGAGUGCCUCCCCAGGCCAAGUGUCCCCUGGAGCUGCUGGCCAGCGUUUCCAGAGGCCUCGGGGUCCCUGCAGCCCUCCUGCCAAGGAGGGAGGCAAACGUGGCCACCUGAGGCUUCUGCUUGUCCUGCUUUCCUCUGCGCCUCCCCGGGCCCUGCCGUGCCCGGCUCUGCUGGCCCAGGGGCUCAGCCCCAGCCCAGCCCAGCAGCGGGGUCCUGCUGCUCCCGCUGGCCCCGUGCCCGGGCCAGGCAGACGUGUGUCCCACUGCUGGCCAGGCCUGCCUGCCCACCCCUGCUUUCUUUCUGUCUUCACACUCAAUAAAGUUCACUUUGCAUUGGAA